GGAGAAUUCAUUUAUCCCAAGUCUCUUCUCUAAUACACCCACUGUAAAAAAAAAAAGAGAGAAAUUUGAUCAGACGGUGAAAAUGGGUGGCCUUGAAACUGAGAGAACAACAACAGGAUGGGCUGCCAGAGAUCCUUCAGGAGUAUUGACUCCUUACACUUACACUCUUAGGAGCACUGGUCCUGAGGAUGUUUUCGUUAAGGUUAUGUGCUGUGGAAUCUGCCACACCGAUCUUCAUCAAGCCAAAAAUGAUCUUGGCAUGUCAAACUACCCAAUGGUUCCUGGGCAUGAAGUGGUUGGUGAGGUGUUGGAAGUUGGGUCAGAUGUAAGCAAGUUCAGAGUUGGUGAUAUUGUUGGCGUUGGUUGUAUUGUUGGGUGUUGCAGAAACUGCCGACCAUGCGACUCAGACAAUGAACAAUACUGUCUUAAGAAGAUCUGGUCGUACAAUGAUGUUUACACUGACGGAAAACCCACCCAAGGUGGCUUUGCUGGUUCCAUGGUCGUUGAUCAAAAGUUUGUGGUGAAUAUCCCAGAAGGAAUGGCACCAGAACAGGUGGCCCCGCUGCUAUGUGCAGGGGUGACAGUUUACAGCCCAUUGAAUCACUUUGGUUUAAUGGGGAGUGGGUUAAGGGGAGGAAUAUUGGGACUUGGAGGUGUAGGGCACAUGGGGGUGAAGAUAGCCAAAGCAAUGGGGCAUCACGUAACAGUUAUAAGCUCAUCUGAUAAGAAAAAAGUGGAGGCUUUGGAGCAUCUUGGUGCUGAUGACUACUUAGUCAGCUCCGACGCUGAAGGGAUGCAAAAGGCUGCUGAUUCACUUGAUUAUAUCAUUGACACUGUGCCUGUUUUUCACCCACUUGAGCCUUACCUUUCAUUGUUGAAACUCGAUGGCAAGUUAAUCUUGACUGGUGUUAUUAACACCCCUCUUCAGUUUGUUAGCCCCAUGGUCAUGCUUGGGAGAAAGUCGAUUACAGGGAGUUUUAUUGGGAGCAUGAAGGAAACAGAGGAAAUGCUUAACUUCUGUAAAGAGAAAAAUUUGACUUCAAUGAUUGAGGUGGUGAAGAUGGAUUAUAUCAACACAGCAAUGGAGAGGCUGGAGAAGAACGAUGUUCGAUACAGAUUCGUCGUGGAUGUUGCUGGAAGCAAGCUUGAUCAAUAGAGCCAAAUUAAAUACAAACACAAACUCUCUUUAAUCAACAAAGAAAUACUACAUGUUUAAACAUAUGCCUGUUUGUUGUUGCUCUGUUUUCUCUCUUGUGUUCAACAUGCCUUAUGGUAAUAAACUAAAACAUAUAUGUACGAGUUACUUCUUCUUCUGUUAUUUCUGUUCUCCUUUUGAAGAUGGAAAUGCAUAAAUUAUAGAGCUUGUUUUCUUAUAAA